AUGACCGAUCCUGUCUACUCUCACAUCAUGAAUACGGACGGCAGUUGGGGCACCAGCAGGUUUCAGACGCCUGCCGCUACCCUAACCCUCCCCGUUCACAAGAUCCACUUCGCCGCUCACCACAAUAUCCACGACGACGGCUCAGACAACAUGCCUCCCACAAACCACUGGUCUAUGUUCCUCGAGACUAGCAGCACUUCGUCUGUCCGCGUCGAAGUCGUUCCGGGUUGCGCUGGGAGCCCGGGAAUGGUCGUGCUCGAGACCAAAGGCUAUGCCACCACAGAACGUGCGAGUCGCACCGAGACCGCUGUCAGCUCCCCCGGCAUGACGGUCUCCAAUAUCCUCUCCGUCAUCAUCUCAAAGAAGAGGGACCGAUACAUCUUUCACCCCGUUGGCGAAGGAUGCUGCUUCUGGUUAGCUACAUUGGCCGUCGACCUCGCCGACGCGGGUGUCAUUUCUUCCGCCGACGCCGCCAGGAUUCGAAACUCCCUAGCUAUGUAUUGGCCCUUCAACAACCGCCUACCGGCAGAGCAGAGGCCUAUGUCGGAGGGGCAAUUCUAUUGA